AUGUCCUCCGCCUCUGCUUCUACCCCGGAGACAAUCCGGGACGACGUCAAGGUCGUAGAGACCAAGGCUGUCAACCAGACUAUUGCGCAAAUUCGUUCUCUUGUUGCUGGUGCUGCCGGUGGGGUGUGCGCCGUCGUUGUCGGACACCCUUUCGACCUGGUCAAGGUCCGUCUACAGACUGCGGAGAAGGGUGUUUACUCCGGUGCAAUUGAUGUUGUGAAGAGGACGGUCGCCCGCGAGGGCCUUGUUCGCGGAAUGUAUGCCGGUGUUUCGGCUCCUCUCGUCGGAGUCACCCCCAUGUUUGCUGUCAGCUUUUGGGGUUAUGACGUGGGCAAGACGCUCGUUAGCAAAUUCUCCGAAGUGCGCGUGGAGAACAACACCCCUCAGUACACCAUUGGCCAGAUCUCCGCCGCCGGUUUCUUCUCCGCCAUCCCCAUGACUCUGAUUACGGCUCCCUUUGAGCGAGUCAAGGUGCUCUUGCAGAUCCAAGGCCAGAACCCGCCUCCACCGGGACAGAAGCCCAAAUACUCCGGUGGAUUGGAUGUGGUUCGGCAGUUGUACAAGGAGGGUGGCAUCCGCAGCGUCUUCCGCGGAAGCGCAAUGACGCUGGCCCGUGAUGGCCCCGGAUCAGCCGCCUACUUCGCUGCUUACGAAUAUAUCAAGCGCUCCUUGACACCCAAGGAUGCGAACGGCAACGUCACCGGUCAGCUCUCCAUGCCCGCUGUCCUGGCUGCCGGUGGUGCGGCUGGUAUUGCCAUGUGGAUUCCCGUUUUCCCCGUCGACACCAUCAAGUCGCGCUUGCAGAGUGCUCCCGGAAAGCCCACAAUUGGCGGAACCAUCCGCACCGUCUACGCCAGCGGUGGUUUUAAGGCCUUCUUCCCUGGAUUCGGACCGGCUUUGGCCAGAGCUGUUCCCGCCAACGCCGCUACCUUUGCGGGAGUUGAGCUUGCUCACAACUUCAUGAAGAAAUUCUUCGACGACGAGUGA